UUUGUUGUCGUCGCUCGUUGAAAGCAGAAGUCGAAGCGCGGAAACUCGUCGGUUUGUAUUAAAAGCGUAGAAAAGCGAAACGAAUCGGUUUUUUAUUUUUCUCUAAAAAGUUUACAACGAAAAGGUUUUCACAGCUUGAUGCUUAGUGCUUGGUGAUUGAUGCUUGGCUGUUUGCUGCUCUCGAUGCUCGUUUGUUUACGUGCAUAAAUACAUAUCUACAUACAUAUCUUCUUGCAUAUAUACGUACAUACUUGUACGUAGCUAGGCCCACUUGCUCGGUCGCUUUAGAAAAGUUGUCUUUGGCUUUGCAUCGCUGCUAGUGACUGCUGUGACGUUGGCUGCUGAGCAUACGAGUAUUCGCUUGAUUGUGUUGGCGUGUAAAAAGUGUAGAAAAUUGCGAGCUAUUUGCAAGUUGUUUUAUUUUUUUUCACCAUAUUAGCCAAAGAAAAAUACAAAGUGAAAAAUUACCAUAAAACCUAAUAAAAAAUAACUGGAAUUUAUUAGAGGUAAAAUAAAUAUUAAUCGUGCAUUUUUCCGCCGUGACUAAUUCGCCAGCAGCACAAAGAAUUGUGCGUUGUUGACAUUUGCUUUUAUUGUUUCCCAUUACUUUUAUGAGCAUCGCAACGCAAUAACGGCGAUUGCCACCUGUUCCAGAAGCGUUCCGUUGAGAUUGAUGUGCGUUUAAUUCACGCUUUUUUUCAAUAAAAACUACAGUGUUUAAGGAAUUUUUCUCCAGUAAAUAUUUACAAUUAAAAAUAAAUAAAUAAUAAGCGUAAAAAAUCGCUUAAAGCAAAUCAAUUCUUAUUGAAGUAAAAAGCUCGUUGAAUUCUUUAGCGUGAGCGACAAAUAAAAAGAAAUGUCAUUAGAACUCUAGUGUUUUGUGCAUUAUAGAAUUGUAUUUUAUUACAAUAACAACACAACACAAUAACACAAUUGCUCACAUCUAUUUUCUAUGUGAUUAGUAAGAAGCGUGUUCAACACAACAGUGAAAGCCAGUAAACGACUUAAAUGUAAAAAAAAAUACUAAAAACGAAAGAAUUAGUGUAUAAAAUUCAUCAAAAAUCAAGCAAUUCAACGAUUAAGCCGAAUUUUUUUUUACCAAAGAACACAAAAAAAUUUGGCGGGAUUAUUUGUAACAGUGAAAGUAGGUGACAAGGAAACCUCACAAACAAGUGUACAUAGUAAUUUGGCAAAUAUUUGCAAGUGACAUUUAUAAAAAAAGAGUAUCAACACAUAAUUUUGCGUUCGCAUCGUGGGAAAACUACCUUGCAAAUUUUUAAUAAAAAUACGUACCACCGUUUUGAGACUACCGUUAUCAAAAUAAACUGCCAAAAAAUGGGUUCCGAUUGCGGCGUCUGGCUGGCUAAAUAUCUGCUAUGCAUAUUCAACUUCCUCUUCUUUGUCAUCGGCACAAUAGUGCUUGGAACGGGCAUUUGGCUGGCUGUCGAUAAAGCCUCAUUAAUUGCGCUGCUCAAGAUGGUUGAAAGUGAUCAAAUUAAUCAAUUCACACAGCCGCGUGUCAUCGAGCAAAUGGCAUACGUUUUGAUUGUUAUCGGCGCUGUUAUGUUCUUCAUGAGCUUCCUUGGGUAUUGUGGUGCGAUACGUGAGUCGCGUUGUCUGCUAACGACGUAUGGCGUCUUCAUGAUACUGCUGCUCAUUGCCGAAAUUGUUGCCUGCGGUUUGGCUGCAUUCUACAAGGAAAAAGCGCGUUCGGAAACAAAAGUCUUCCUCCAAUCCACCAUUAGCGACUAUUACUCCACACAAGAGAACAUGGACGCGGUCACACUGAUGUGGAAUCAGCUGAUGAGUCAAAUGGGUUGUUGUGGCGUAAAUGAUUAUCGCGAUUUCGAAGGUUCACUCGCCUGGGUCAGCAAUAAGGGCAAUCGUACAUUACCCGAGGCGUGCUGUAUGCUGAAGGAUGUAGGUGAAUUGUUGCCGCGUGACGAUGAUUGUGUGACAAAUCCCAGCGAAAGCAAUAGCUACUACAAGAAGGGUUGCUAUGAGAUCUUCACCGAAUGGAUUAUAUCCCACCGCGAAAUCAUAAUUGGCGUGCUCUUGGGCGUGGGCAUUGUGCAUUUAUUCGCAAUUUUCUUGGCUUUUUGCCUGUGCAAGGCAUUCGCCAAGUAUCACGGCAUGCGGCUGUAAGAGGGGUAAACUUUGAAGAUUGCGUGCUCGAAUUAAGGCAGUGAGCACCACAUCUCGCACUAUGACUACUAAAUAGUUAGUGAAGUUUUCAAAAGGACGUUGUGGCAAAAGAAAAACAAAAGACUCUAAACAUUUUUUCUAAGCCAUUUACUUUUUUAAAUUGUUUAAUUGUUUAUU